AUGGAAGGACGUUCUGUCCGUAAGCGUCUCAUUCUGGCAUCAUCCUCAAUGCCGGACAGCAGGUUACUGGCCAAGGAACACUCAACACCUACAGCACCAUCAUUUACAAGGGUGUCUUCAAGUCUCAGUUGCAAAUUUCUCAUCAACGCUCUCAAUGCCACUUUCGGAAUCAUCUUCACUCUGAACGCAACUUGGACUGUUGACCGUUUCGGUCGCAAGUUUUUGUUCAUCGUUGGUGCUAUCGGAAUGGCUGUUUGUAUGCUGGCUGUGGCGUUAGUGGGAACAAAGACCAAGACGAUCUAUUAUAUGGCUAAGGGCGUGAGCAAGCCGACAAAGGCAGAGCCGGUCGGCAUUGCCAUUACCUUCUUGCUCUUCCUCUUCAUCUUCUUCUACAAGCCCAGUUGGGGAGCGAUGAUCUGCUGA